AUGAAGUUUCUUUCUUUAUCUAAAAGAAAUUUUUUUAAAAAGUCCCCCUCUCUCUCUGUUUUUCAUAAACCCUUUCUUCUCUCCAUAUUUUCUCUCUCUUUACUUAUUCCUCCCCUUCGGUUACCCUUCCAUAUUUUCCCUCCCUUUUUAUCGAAGGAAACGCCCGCCAGUCCAGUGAAACAACACGAAGAAAAAGACGUCGUAUUUAUGGCCUUGCAAAAUUUUAAGGAGAAACAAUUUCACUCAAGUGAAAUCGGAACGAAAUCAAAUAUCUCAUUUUGCCUCCUGCAACUGGACAAAGAUGUCGAAGACUUCGAAAAGCGGCUCCGUGAAAGGAUUGAACGGACGAAGCAGUCGAUUGAACAAUUGUCAAUCGAUUGCGAUUCGAAAUGUUCAAAAAUCUGGCAGGAGUUUGAUGCUUUUCUGGAAAAUACACGGCUGAAGGCCGCAAAGUUGUGCGACCAAAUGAAACGAAAAACGACAGAAGAAGAAAGAAAAUGGCGCCAAUCUCUCCAGGAGAAAGAAAAUCUCUUGGAGGAGGCAGGAAAGUGGCGGAUGGAUUUGCGCCAUUUGUUAGUCGCCGGCAAUGACGACGAGGACGUUGUUUCUCGUGUACGGUCGCUGGGAGCGGAGCUUUCUUCGCGGCUCCACGAAUCGUUCACUCCUGUCGAGGAAGGUCAUUUUGUGGUGACCUUUCCAGAAUGGUGCCAGCGAUCACUGAACCAACUUCAAGAAGAAAUCGUUGACUUCACGGCAGAAACAUGGUACCCAGAGAAAUUGGAAUUGCAAAGUGAAUGCCGCCUGCAGGAUUCGAACUUGUGGAGUGUUUCGAUUGCCGGCAGCGACGAAGACGGUCACGUGAUUGUUGGCGAUGCGAGCGACCUAUCGAUCAAGGAAUUCGCCCGGACUGGGGAAGUCGUCGGCCGAUAUCACUUCGAGGUCAGAGGAGAGAAAUUCAAACCCAUGGACAUUUCUCCUCUUUCCACAGGCAUUUUGGCUAGUUGUGGUAAUUUGGGGUCGGAACCGGGGCCGUGGGGCCAAUUGCAAGAAAUAUCUCUACAACUGCGUGAUUUACAAAAACCACAUGAAAGUCGGCGUGAUAAUUUUACGCGACACAGUAACCGUGGUUCAAGAUCGACGUCUCGGCAUAAAUACCAACAACGCCGUGAUCGUUACCAACAUGACAAUUGCUGGUACCACGAGAAUUUUGGCGCGCGCGCGAAGAAAUGCCGACCACCAUGUUCGUAUAAAAAGUCAUUUCUAAACAAACAAGCGGGAAACGGACUCGCUGGCACCCAGUAG